AUGAGGGAAAUCAUUCAGGUCCAGGCAGGACAAUGUGGCAAUCAAAUCGGUGCGAAGUUCUGGGAGGUUAUUGCUGACGAACACGGCGUUGACGGACGCGGAAACUACAUCGGUGGAGAUAACGUUAUUCAACUGGAAAGGAUCAACGUUUUCUUUCGAGAAUCUCAGCAUGGUCGGUGGGUGCCAAGAGCUGUUUUGAUGGACCUUGAGCCAGGAACGAUGGAUUCCGUUCGAGCCGGACCUUAUGGGGCGCUGUUCCGUCCAGACAAUUUUGUGUUUGGUCAAUCCGGAGCGGGCAACAACUGGGCUAAGGGGCACUACACAGAGGGUGCAGAGUUGAUAGAGCCCGUGCUGGACGUUGUGCGCCGGGACGCUGAGGCCUGCGACUGUUUGCAGGGCUUUCAAAUAACCCACAGUUUGGGUGGAGGCACGGGUUCCGGUAUGGGCACUCUAUUGAUUGCUAAGUUGCGUGAAGAGUACCCGGACCGAAUGCUGGAAACCUUUUCAGUGUUCCCUUCGCCGAAGGUAUCCGACACUGUGGUGGAGCCAUACAACGCGACGCUGAGUGUGCAUCAGCUGGUGGAGAACGCGGAUUUUGUGCACGCCAUCGACAAUGAAGCGCUAUAUGACAUUUGCUUCCGAACCCUGAAGCUGACGACUCCGACGUACGGUGACUUGAAUCACUUGGUGUCUGCAGCGAUGUCUGGAGUUACGUGUUGCCUGAGGUUCCCGGGUCAGCUCAACUCCGACCUCCGGAAGCUGGCGGUUAACUUGAUUCCCUUCCCGAGACUGCACUUCUUCAUGAUCGGAUUCGCUCCGCUGACGUCCCGGGGCUCGCAGCCGUACCGCUCGCUAACUGUGUCCGAGUUGUCUCAGCAAUCCUUCGACGCGAAGAACAUGAUGUGCGCUUGCGACCCUCGCCACGGUCGUUACCUGACGGCUUCGGUGGUGUUCCGAGGCCGGCUUUCGACUAAGGACGUGGACCACGAGAUGUGCAAAAUCCAGAACCGCAUGGAUUCUUCCUUCGUGGACUGGAUCCCUUGCAAUAUCAAAACGGCCAUUUGCGACGUGCCUCCGAAGGGUCUGAAGAUGUCUUCGACUUUCCUAGGCAAUUCCACGGCGAUCCACGAGGUCUUUGGCAGAGUCGCGAACCAGUUCGUGGUCAUGUUCCGUCGCAAAGCGUUCUUGUUCUGGUAUGUUGGAGAAGGCAUGGACGAGUUGGAGUUCACGGAGGCGGAGAGUAACAUGAACGACCUCAUAGCGGAGUACCAGCAGUAUCAGGACGCGGCGCCAGAGCUAGAGGAGGACACUGAGUGA